UGACGAAGGUAUGUGUUGUUGUUGUUGUUGUUGUACAGGUCGCCAGUGUGGAUGUACAGGUCGCCAGUGUGGAGCACGGCUAUGGCGCCCAGUUAAGUACGGCUGACGCAGGUAUGGCCUCCGCCCCUCUUCUUCUUCUUCNCGCCAGUGUGGAGCACGGCUAUGGCGCCCAGUUAAGUACGGCUGACGCAGGUUACAGCGUGGAGCACGGCAAUAACGCCCAGGUCGAUAGCGUGGAGCACGGCUAUGGCGCCCAGGUGGUUGUGGUUGUGGUUGUUGUUGUGGUUGUUGUUGUGGUUGUUGCUGUUGUUGUUGUUGUUGUUGUUGUUGUUGUUGUUGUUGUUGUUGUUGUUGUUGUUGUUGUGCAGGUCGACAGCGUGGAGCACGGCAAUGGCGCCCAGGUCGACAGCGUGGAGCACGGCAAUGGCGCCCAG